AUGGGCUUCACAACAUUUCUCGGCUCCUCUACCGAAAAGCUCCAAUCUAACCGACCCAAACCCUACUCGUCCACCUCACUCGAUAAACCCUCCGACGCACCCCUCUCGCAGAUACCGCCUGAAGCCAACUCCCAUCAUGGCUACAUCUACGACGAGUCCCAGUUGCCCGACGUGCCGCCCGACUGUCCUGAUCUCCGCAAGCUCAAUAAUAGCCUCGAAGCGCUUGCGACCGUCUUCCCCGAUAUCCAAAUUCAGGUCUUCCGCGAGAUGCUGACCAACUUUGACGAGGAAUCACGCUUGGCUGUUGUUGCCGACGCUCUGCUGAAAAAUCGGGUGUCUUGGGUCAAGGGCCGCUGGAGGGUUGUCGAUAACGAACAUUUCGGAACUCCGGUUGCUAUUGGAGCGCCGCGGGGAGAGAAGCAGGAAUCUCUGAUUCCACGCGUUGAGGCCUUUCGAAGCCCCGAGUACAAGCACGCUGUUCAAGCGCUGGCAUGGCACGAGUUCAAGGGUCUUUCACGGUCCACCAUCAACGCCGUCCUCGCCGAGUCCAACUAUUCAUAUCUUGAAGCCCGGAAGACGUUGGUGCCGCUCUCAUCAAAGUCUUGGCGCUUCACCAUAUCAUCUCUAUUCCUCCGCCGGAGACCUGUUGCUACCGGCGAAGCCGAGAACCACCCGCUGAUAGUCUGGAAAUCGACUGGCCAAGGUGCCAUUACACCAAUGCUCAAGACUACAGGGAAUACCGAGCUCGACGUUGAGUUAUACCGUGACCUAGUUCAGCCACUGAAAGAGCGGGCCAGGCAGACUCGGGAAGAUGAGGACCGGGUCCUAGCUGUUCUCUUGAAUAAUGAGCAGGCUGAGGAGAUUGGUGCCAUGCAUGAGUGUGCAUGCUGCUUCACAGAGUCCACCUUCGAAGAGUUCACAACAUGCAACACUGACGGCCAUAUGUUGUGUUUCCGCUGUGUUCAGCAUUCAAUCACGGAAGCUGUCUUUGGUCAGGGUUGGCAUAGUAGUAUCGACGCUGACCAUGGUGCUCUCAGGUGCUUAGCUGUCGAAGGGAAUGGCUGUCCGGGCCAUAUUCCUUACGAUCAUAUGCACCGUGCUAUGUUGCAGGAGAAGAAGGGCGCCGAGAUCCUUCGCAAGCUCGACCAACGUUUGGCAGAGAAUAGUCUCUUGGCAUCCAAUCUGCCCCUUAUUCGGUGCACCUUCUGCGACUAUGCUGAAGUGGACGACAUUUAUCUUCCUGCCCAGGAAACGCGAUUACGCCUUCGACUCGAUAGUCUCCUCAGUCUCUUACUGCUCGCUGUGUGCGUCGUCAUGGUGCUUCUCCUCCUGCCUGGGGUUCUCCUGGCAUCUGUGGUUUGCCUCCUCAUCAGUACGAAGCAGACGGUCGGCGACCAUUUGAUCAUUCAAUGGAAUAUAGCUCUUCGCCGUCACCGCCGACGUCGCCGUGGUCUCAAGUUUACCUGCCGAAAUCCCUACUGCGGUAGAAGCUCGUGCCUGUCAUGUACCAAACCCUGGAAGGACAUCCACGUGUGCAACGAGUCGUCUCUGGUUGCGUUGCGGACACAGGUCGAGCAGGCGAUGAGCAUGGCCAUCAAGCGCGUCUGUCCGCGGUGCCAUACGUCAUUUGUCAAGAACUCGGGCUGCAACAAGCUCACCUGUCCUUGCGGCUACAAGAUGUGCUACGUUUGUCGUAAAGACAUCGGUGGCGCCAACGGAGACGGCGAGGGUUACAGGCAUUUCUGCGACCACUUCAGGCCGGACGGGGACCCGCGGCCGUGCACCGAGUGCACCAGAUGCAACCUGUGGGAGAGCGAGGACACCGACCUGGUGCUGAGGCAGGCCAAGGAGGAGGCCGAGGCCAAGUGGCGCGAGACAGAGAAGCGAGAACUCAAUGGGGCUGAGAAGGCUUUUCUGGAGACAGGCUUCGCCAGGAACGGAGUCUCGCCGGUCGAGAAUCGCCUCAAGAACGGGCAAUUCCCAACACUGCCGGAGCUCUGCGAUUUCGUUGUCGAAACGAUCUUCGUAUAA